AUGGAGUAUGCGAAUGGAGGUGAGCUGUUCGAUUACAUUGUGAAAAGAAAGAGACUUUAAGAUAAAGAGGCAUGCAAAUUCUAUUAAUAAUUACUGUCUGGGAUUGAAUAUCUCCAUAAAAUAAAAGUGUGUCAUCGUGAUUUAAAGCCAGAAAAUCUUUUACUAGACGAAAAUAAAAACAUUAAAAUUGUAGACUUUGGUUUGAGUAAUACCUAUAAAGUUGGCGAGACUUUGAAGACUGCUUGCGGUAGUCCAUGCUAUGCUGCUCCUGAAAUGAUAGCAGGAAAAAGGUAUCAUGGAUUGAAUGCAGAUAUAUGGAGUUCAGGUGUAAUCUUAUAUGCUAUGGCCUGUGGAUAUUUGCCGUUUGAAGAUCCAAACACAAAUAAGCUAUAUAAAAAAAUCUUGAGUUGCGAUUAUCUGAUUCCAGGAUUUAUAUCAGCAGGAUGUAAGGAUUUAAUUAAAAAGAUACUGAAUACUGACCCGAAUACUAGGCUUAAGACACAUGAAAUCAGAAGUCACGAAUGGUAUGGUUAGAUAUAAUCAGUAGAAAUGGAAGGUAUUAUAGUAGGGGCAGAUCCAAUUCCAAUUAUAGACGAUAUCAAAUAACUGAUAGAUGAAGGAACUUUCUCAUUCGAAGAUGUUGAAAAUACUGAAAAAUAUAUUAAAAAUAAUAAACAUAACCCUAUUACAGCCACCUAUUAUCUGUUAAUGAAAAAAACAGAGCGUGAAACUGGUAAAAAUCUAGUUUUUGAAAGAGUAACAAAAGAGAAAAGAAGUUAUAAUAGUACUGGUAACUUAGGAUAACCAUAAAAAAACUAACUCUAGCAAACUGUGUUAUAUUUUAGAGGAAAUAGCUAAUAAAUCCCUAAUCUUAAUAAAGCAUAAAUGAUGAAUCAAACUACAAUGGAAGGGUUUAAAAAUAAUAAUUAAUCAAAAAGUGAGUCUAAAACAAGAAGUAAUCGAGACAAUAGCUUUAAUAUUGGAACGAGUGAAUUUUUCAAUAAUCUUAAUCCGGUUACAAAGCAAUAUCUAAAGCAAAUCGAGAAAACUUACGUUAAUAGAAAUGACUCAAUAAGCACACAAAAUGAAGAUGAAAAUCGAAAGGUAGUGAUAGAUAAGUAUAAGUAGUUUAGAGAUACUGUGGAUGUAGCUAAAUGGAUACAGAAUGGAUAUAAUAAGGGCUAAUCUGCGAUGAAUGUAACUCAAAACUAUGACUAGUCAUUUAUGGAACAAAGAUUAUAAAGAAAUGCCUAAAGUAAAGAUAGAUAAGGUAAUGAAAACAGACCAACCAGCAACGACAAUAACAAAAAUUACUCAGUAUUUCAGCCAUCUAAUAAUUCUUUUAUGAGAGAUGGACUGCCUAUUGUAUCUCAAGGUGGGGCAGUUAUUAAUGGCUAAAAGUUUAACUUGAGCAAUAUGAACUCUGCUAAAAAUUAAUAAAACAUUGAAAUAAAUCAAAAGAAAAACAAGAAUAAACUUUAGAUUUAGGAGGUAAUAGAUAUAAAUAAUGAUUAUGGGACAGAUGUGGUUAAUUCCUCUGGACCCUUAAGCUCUAAUAUAACUUAAAAGGCUCAUUAAAUAAAGAAAAACCCAGAGUCUAAUUUUAGCAUGUACACUAUAUAUAGACCUAAAGUUACUAAUGGUUUAGCCUAGUAAAAUGCGAUGGUAAAUAAUCAUCAUAGCUUUAUCAAUGACAGAAAUGAUUCAAUCUUAGAAAGAAAAAAUGAUGCAGUCAAUAACACCGUCAUAGAAAAAGGAAGUCAUAACAAAUUAUUGAGUGAACUCUAUAGUACAAGCGGCAAAAAAUUCUAUAAUAGCAAUGUUCCAUAUAACAAACUAGCUACUGCGACAGCUUAAAACUAGAAUCUGCAAGUUUUUAAUAACAACAUAAUUUUACCUUUUCAGGUAAACUCAGGAAUAAAGACAUCAACUACUAAGUAGUAGGCUUAAUAUUCAAAUCAAAUCAUGCAGAAAAAUAAUAAUGAUUCUGUGUAUAAUAGUACUGCUGACACUUCAGUAGGAGGUGGAGGAGUAGGGUUAAACAUCUCUAAUCAAUAAAUAUCUACCAUCAAUGGGAUCAAGCAAAUAAAUCAAAAUUUAUUGUUCAACUAAAAAGGAGAUUUCAGGGUAAAGUUAGCAAAUAAUAACGGAAUAGCAAUUAAUAAAAAAUAACAUUUGAACAAUAGAAAAAUUUUGAUACUAUGA